AUGGAGUUUGAAGGGAAACAGUUGCAAGAAAUAAAAGAAGCAAUUGGUGAAGAAAUGGUGAAGCUGGAGAGAAGGGCUAAAGAUGUAGAGGAGAAAGAUGAGAAAUCGGCUACAUUGCUUAAGGAGAUUGAGCUGAGGGAAAAAAUCAUGGGGUCAAAGAACCUUGAGCUUGUUGCGAAAGAGGAGCAACUUCAAGUCUUGAAAGAUCUUUUGGAUUUGAGGGAGAAAAAUUCUAUGGUAGAUUUUGCUGUCAAUGUAGAUUCUCAGAUAAAGAGCAUUGCAGAACUAGAUCCAGAAAACCCAUGUGAAUCUGUUCUAUUAGGAAAUAAAAUCUGUGGAAGAGAUGUACUACUUGAAAAAGCCAACAGUUCACCGAAAAUGAGUGGAAGAGAUUCACCUGAAAAUGCCGAGAAUUCCCAAAGUUGCAAGAGAAGAAAGUCCUCUCGGGAAACUAAGGGAAAGCCACCAGAUAGGCUGGUCUAG